AUGGAGUUAAAAAGAACUCGUAAUGGUAUAAUACCAACGAUACGGACAGCAUCAUUUCUCGUCGUCGUCUUUUUUACGUUUACGAUAAUUUCGGUGAUUAAUGCCGUCACAGUAAACCCACUACCAAAGCCACGCGAGAUAAAGUGGGGUGAAAAGGGUCCAAUCAAUUUCCCACUAGAUAUACAAGUUACGUCAUCGCAGUCCAGUGAUAUUGUGAAAUUCGGAUGGGAACGUACCUUGAAACUAAUUAAACAAGAUAAAUGGGUGGUACAAGCACUUGAAGCCGAACCACCAGCUUAUGAUCCAUUCCCGCCACAAAUUCAAACUCCAGGAGGCAAACGUAGUUACACUUUCUUGUAUACUCGAACCGAAAACUCUACUACUAACACUACUGCUUCAACAAAAAGCAAUCUGUCACUCAAAUCGGUAAAAGUCGACGUCACCAAUCUAAAUGCAGAACUACAACAUGGUGUUGACGAGUCAUACACUUUAGAAGUGAAAGAGGACGGAUUAAUAAUUACGUCACCGACUGUGUGGGGUGCAUUACACGCGUUCAACACACUGACGCAAAUAGUGAUUUCGGACGAAAAAGGUGGACUAAUCAUUGAAUCUACAGUCUCAAUUAAAGAUUCGCCAUUAUACCCACAUCGUGGUCUAUUAUUGGACACUGGACGUAAUUUCUACCCGGUCAAAGAUAUUUUGAGAACUAUUGAAGCGCUUGCGUGGAGUAAAUUGAAUGUUUUACAUUGGCAUAUUGUCGAUUCACAUUCAUGGCCCUUUGAAGUGAAGGCUUAUCCAUCAAUGACAAAAGACGCGUACUCUAAGCGUGAAAUUUAUACACCUAAGGACGUGCAAUUAGUAAUUAAAUUCGCUCAUAAACGUGGUGUUCGAGUUAUUCCAGAAUUUGAUAUGCCUGGACAUGCGCGUGCUGGCUACCUCCAAAUUGAUCCUUCUAUUGUAUCAUGUGCCAAUUCCUGGUGGUCAAACGACGACUGGCCACAUCACUCCGCAGUCGAACCACCGCCAGGUCAAUUAGAUAUCAUCAACCCGAAAACAUACGAAGUUAUCAAAAAUCUCUUUGCCGAAAUUUCUGCUGCGUUCCCCGAAAAAAUAUAUCACGCCGGUUUCGACGAACUACAAAGAUACUGUUACGCUUAUUCUAAUCUGACCGUCAACUGGUUCAAAGAGAAUCCAAGCAACACCUACAACGAUCUUGCACAAUACUUUUUGGAUCGUGCGUACCCAAUCUUCACCAAUGAAAAUUAUGGCGGUAAACGUGUCAUGAUGUGGGAAGAUGUUUACUUGUCAGAAGAUUUUGCCGCAAAGAAGGUACCAAAAGAAGUGAUCCUACAAACGUGGAAUAAUGGCGUGAAUAAUACAAAGAAACUCACGUCGAAUGGGUAUGAUGUGGUUGUGACAUCGGCUGAUUGGUUUUAUUUGGAUUGUGGAAACGGUGGUUGGGUUGGUAAUGAUAACCGAUAUGACCAAAAUAUUGACAAUGGAAAAAUCACAUUUAAUUUCGCUGGUGGUAACAGUGGUUCAUGGUGCAAUGGCUACAAAACAUGGCAACGCAUCUAUGACUACGACAUCGACUUCAAGCUAACCGCCGACGAGAAGAAACACGUUCUCGGUGGCGAAGUCGCACUAUGGUCCGAACAAUCCGAUCCUACGGUACUCGACCCUAAAGUAUGGCCACGUGCUGCCGCACUUGCCGAAUUAUUAUGGAGCGGAAAUAAAAAUGAGAAAGGUGAAAAACGGUAUCGCGAGAUGCAACAACGAAUAAACGACUAUCGAGAAAGAUUGGUAUCACGUGGCGUUGGUGCUGCACCCUUACAACCUAAAUUUUGUUAUAAAAAUCCGCAUGCAUGUGAUUUGAAUCUUAAUAAGGUUGUUCCUGGGUAUGAUUAA